AAGCCCUCUGUCCCUUGCAGGCGGUCAGUCCCUGCCUUGACCUCUGCUCCGGCCACAAUGCCGCACUCCCAGAUGUUGCUGCAGCUGUUCCUCGGAUGGGCUCUGCUUCUCGGGCGUCCGGUUCACGGGACGGAGGACGGGUUCGAGGAGCAAGGAUCCUUCCUAGAAGAAGACUUGGAAACUUUGGAAGAAGAAGGAGAAGACGAAGUGGAAGAGGAAGAGGAAGGGGAGAUUGUGUCGGAGGAACUGGAGGAACGCUUGAGAGAAGACGAAGCUGUGAUAGAGAGGGACCCUGAGCUGAAGGAGGAGCUGAUGGACCGCUACAGUGCCCUGGCCAUGGACUACUACAACAAGUACUCCUACGGCCCUUUGUACAAAGGUCUGGACGAGGACAGAAGCCUCACCUUCAAGAAAGCCAUUGGGACCAUGGCCUACCUCCGGCUCUUUUUGGGGAAGACCAACUGUACCAACGCCGAAACGUCACGUCACACGCCGUGGGGCAUCUCCUAUUAUUUGGGUAGAGAGAGGAAUGAGCCGCUGCCCAGACUUCGGCGCUGCGUCCUGCCACCGCUUUCGGAGCGCGAGGCCCUGGACUGCACCUUUGACAUAUUUUUGGAUGAGCGCUCGAUCCGGGAGAAGGUGAUGGGCCACCGAUGCCAACCCUUGGAAAUCGACAAUCCAGGAGAGUUCUACACUUCGAUGGGAUGGUGAAGGAGAUGCGACCGGAGGAAGGUUGCCAGACGGAGGGACCACGGCUUGCCACCGCUUUCCCUUAAUCACUUAGGUGCCAAGCCUGGACUUUCGCAUUGCUCUCUAUGCUUUCCCCUUUUCCCUUCCAUCUAGAAUCUCUGCUCGAUCUCUCUUAUCUCUUGUCCUGUGCUAGGAGGAAUAAAAUUUU